GACGUAGAUAUGAAUUUUUGUGUCAUGGUCACUGGGUGUCCUUACACUGCAGAGUGAAUUAAAACCAGAUUAAAUAGAUUAAACACACAAGAACUGUUAAACUCUGAGAAUGAUUUUAAACUCGGACAAAAACAAGAUAAAUGCACUAAUCCCUAAAAAUCUGACCACAUAGCUACUUUGGAAAUUAUUGCCUUAGCCUCCUGUUCCACUGUAAGGAACCUUGGAGUUAUUUCUCAGCAGGACAUGUAAUAAGAGUCAUACAUAAAACAAAUGUCUAGAACAGCCUUCCUCCACCUGCACAACAUAAUGAAAACUAAAGCUGCUUGCAGCACUGACAUGGCACUAGGGAUCCCACGCUUCUUGGUGAAUGGCAGCCGCCGCUAACUCGGACGGUUGCCUUCGAUCCGGGUUGUUGUGGCUACUGAUUACGAAAUUUCUUACAGAGCCUUUGCCAAAUUGCUAAAAAUGAUUACAAAAUUCUAAAUGAAUGACUUCCUGUUGAAUUUGAAAUCUGGCUCCAAAGGACUUUUUGUAUAGCCAGAUGGUAACUUCAGGACUAAUAGGUUACAGAGACUGACUUUAGUGGGCACUCAUUGUGCUUGAAUGAAUUUUGGGCAAAGCUUCAUGAAUUUUCAUGCAUGUUCAAGCCCCCUAAAGGCAGAUAAAAAUCAAUUUGCAUCAUUUGGUAUUCAGGGAGUCCCUAAUUAGAGACAUUCUGUCUCUAGAGGACGCUGAAAAACUAGUUCAUGUUUGUGUUAUAUCUCGAUUGGUCUAUAAAAUUCUUUAUUGUCAGGAUAAGUCUGUAAAAAGCCUCCAGUAGAUCCAAAAUGUUUAAACUAAAAUAAAGAGUCCUUCAGUGUUUGCUGUUCUCCACUGGCUCCCAGUAAAAUCUAGAAUAGAUAGAUUAUUUAAAGGUCUUGCUUUGAGAUAAUGAACGCUGUGAUUCGGGGCCCUACAUCAAAUUUCAUGUGAUUUGAUACGUCAAAGAAGCUAAACGGCUGUGCCAGUGUUCCCACUUCUGCUGUUGUUACCUGAAAGAACUUUUUCCUCUUCUUUUUCAUGGGUGUUAUGGCAGUUAACAUCUUUAACGUUGCAUGACCGCCUCCAUUUGAUCUGAUCAUCCACGUCCAUCGCUGUCCUCCUACUUGGAAUGUGACCUAUGCAGGUCUGCAGAAUGGAAUGUCAUGAUAUCAUCACAUUCCUUUUAUCUUGGCGGUGGGACGUAACAUAAAUGCUUUUAUCUAAGAUGUGUUUGUUAUGAUGUCAUCAUAUGACCCCCAAUCUCUCCCCAGCUGUGUGUGGACCUGCAGACUAGCUCCAGGUUUGUCAGAUCCCUGAUGAUCCCUGACUUCACAGUGCCACAGAAUCUAACUGUAGAGCGUUGUUGUAAUAUUGACUGCUAUUUCUUACAAUGAUUUGCCCGAGAUGCUCGCAUCCGUGUUUUUUCCCCUCCCCGACUUCUCAAUUGGACCUCGGUGAACUCAGAAGUGAUGUCACUUCUUUAGACUUGUAAAUGGAAUUCACUUUUUUUUCCCCCAUGUAAUGGAAGACACGUGUUCCAAAGCUGCUGAUUACAUUUAACAAAGCUCCCUCCCAGAUUAAAACACUCAAAUUAAUAUUUUGUUGUCCCAGUUGGAGUAAAUAAUUCAUACAAUUGUGUCCAAAAACUGAGAACACAGCACACAUUAUUUCAAGUGAGUCAUCAUAUUUUAUCAGACUUAUUUUUGUUUCUAUUCAUUUAGAUAUUUUGCGCCCCAGAAUUAAGAAAUGAAUUUGGUGAAGGGAAGAAUUUUUUAUAUCCCUGUCUGAGUGCCACCUGCAAUACCGUCAAGGCGCCACACUUUGGGAAGUAGUGGUCUUGGUGUACCUAAUAAACUGACACAUAAAAGGAAGGUUUGAUUGCCAGUUUUAAAAAUCUGCAGUACAUAUCAAAAUCUCGCACAGCUCUUAUACUCUUUCUGUUGCGUGAACAGCUAUUUCUCUUUAUCAGCACUGGCUACACCUGUGAAGGCAGCUCCGUUUUCCCACUGACAGAGUUGAGAUUUGGUGGCAGUUAAUCAUUUCUAAUCUCCCCUUGCUGCCACAUGCACACUCUACCCAUAUGAGAGAAGAAGUGUCCAGUUUUUAGACAUGUUCUGGAGGAUUUCUUGCUUGGUUCUUUUUCUUGCUUCUCUCUGGGCUCCGGUUCAUGGUGGGCCCAUGACGAGCCCCCACCCCAACAUAACGGACCAGGAGUUGUUCUGGGGCUCAGAUCAGUAUGACUUCUCUGUGGUGCUUCCUGCUGGUGGGCUGGAGUGUUUCUGGCACUUUGCUCAUCGUGGAGAGCACUUCUACCUGAACUUUGUGGUCCAGUGGGUGACUGGAGUCGGCCAUGACUCACACUUGUCUGUCAUGGUCAACGCUCCAGGAGGUUUGGUGGUGUCGUCUGUUGACGAGGCAAAGGGUCAGAUCAACUUUAAGGCUGAGGAAACAGGUUUCUAUCAAAUGUGUUUCAGCAACUUCCACAACCGAUUUGGGAACAUGCAGAUCUUCCUCAGCUUUGGUGUUUUCUACGAGGGCCAGCAGGACCCCGCCAAGAGCAAAGAAGAAGAAAGGAAGAAGAAGGAGGAAGCCGGCAAGGACCUGAACAACACACUGACCAUCAUAGCGGAUGCGACUCACAGAGUGGAGAACCAAGUCUUCCACAUGUUCCGCUACUACAGCUUCGGACGCAUGCGUAAGAGUGGCGACCACUUCCUGCUGCUGUCCAACUCGCAGUACAUCACCUGGUGGUCAACUGCCCUCAGCCUCCUCAUCGUCACUUCCGGGUAUCUACAGCUAGUCUUCCUCAAAAGGCUCUUUGUCAGCAAGACAGCAGAGGAAGAGAAGCCGCGCUGCUGACAGACUCGUUUUUGUCCAUCGGAUGUCAGUUAAGAAAACAUGGUGAACCCGGAUCCAGGAGUGAUACUGAAAGGUUCAGUCUGGUGGGCAUUUUUCCUUCUGUGUCGCAUUUGUGCUCUUUCACAGUGUAAUAAAACAAUGCUAU